AUGAAGGACAGACAGGAACACGCCGGCCCCCACUGAGACAAAAAUGGCACCACCUUCCGGGCACUGUCUCCUGCUGGUCAGCACCCUGGGCGUCCUGGCACUCGGCAGCUUCACAAAAGGUCAGAAGAACAGCACUCUGAUCUUCACAAAGGAAAACACCAUUCGGAACUGCAGUUGCUCUGCAGACAUCCGAGACUGUGACUACAGCUUGGCCAACCUGGUGUGCAGCUGUGAAACCGUCCUGCCCCUCUCGGUGCAGCAGCCCAGCUACCACGGCCAUCUCACCAUCUGGUUCACCGACACGUCUGCACUGGGCCUCCUGCUGAACUUCACCCUGGUCCAGGACCUAAAGCUUUCUCUGUGCAGUACAAACACUCUCCCCCCUGAAUACCUGGCUAUUUGGGGUCUGAAGAGGCUUCGCAUCAACGCGGAGGCCAAGCAUCCAUUAGCAGAGCAGAGCUUACUCAUCCACAAUGGAGACAGCGAAUCCAAAGAGAAGCCCGUGUCGUUGCACAAAGACUGGCCGGCGUGUAUGUAUAUCUCAUUCUUAGAUAUGGCUCUUUUCAACAGGGAAUCGUCCCUAAAGUCAUACAGUAUUGCAAACAUUGCCAGUGUCACCAACAACUUUCCCUACUUUCCUUACUUGAAAACCGUCCCAAUUCUAAGCAACAAAAGCUAUGUUGUCACCUUCAUUUACUAA